GACCAUGGUCAGUGUUUGUGAGUAUAAAAUAGCCUGAACUACUGUGAUGACAGAUAAAGGUAUAACCGUAUACAAAAAUGUUAGCCAUCAGGCACUACCAUGUUCAAGGUAACCCUUCUGAUCAUAUCUGACUUCUUUUUUCUGAUUUACUUCAGACUGUCGAUAUAAUGUUUGCUUAGCUUGAUCGCUGGAGAACAGGGGUGGACCUGGACCAUGGUCAUGACUGGUGGAGCAGAUGUAGGAGGCCCAGCUUUGGAAGAUGCAACCAAGGUACUUAAACCUUGAGAGAGACGAUGAAGAACAUUGCUACUUUUCCGUAUAAAAUUUGAAACCGUCGAUCAAUUUGAUAAAGAAGAGAUGCAUAUGGUUUCGUGAUUAAAGAUUGAUGCUAGAAAGGUGGACUAUAACAAAGGAGUACCAUUCGCAUUGCUUUAUUUCGCAUAUCGCUAAUGGGGAAUCUAGUGCUUGCAGCAAAGAACACAUGCUAAAAAGGAGCACGGCACGCUCGAAGUACUCCAUGAACAGGCUGUUUGGCAGUACAAGCUAGAUGUUCAAAGUUUACACAGUAGGAGGGAAUUAUCGUGUUGAUGUGCGCUAACGCUUUACGUGCGCUCUACCCCAUUCUAAACUGGUUAUGCUCGCCGCCUAACUUCAAGCGCAAGACAUACGGCCAAUGGAUGGAGCGAAAAUGUAGCAGAAAUUUGGGGUGUUUUGUGAUAGCGGGGGUUAACGGGUGGUCAGAUCUGGCUAAAAACGGAAAGCAACGGGACACGAGCGCAACUAUCCAUCCAUCCCCAGCGGACAAGGCGAGGCAGGGGCAGGCCGCCACCCCCGUCGGCAUCCGCCCAGCCAUCCAGAAGCGCCAAAGCUGCCAACGCCAACGCGACGGGAGAUAAGAGGAGGAGAGAAGAGGCCGCCGCGGCGCCGAGCCCUCGUGUCGUCGUGCAGCCCCGCUCCCACCCGGCCACGCCCCCCACUUUCCCCCCCGUGAUCCGCCCGUGGGAUCUCCCGCCCGCCCGCCAGGAUCAAGCCGCGGCCCGAGUCUGCCAUGGGGAUCCCUCGCUGAUCGCGGCGCGUAGGCAGGCGGGCACCGCAGGAGGAGGAAGAGGGAGAAGGGAGGGGGACGGGGGAGGGCAGCGCCGCAUGGAGCAGAAUGGCGGCUCCUUCCUCGCCGUGCGCCGGCUCUCCGGCCACCACCACCCAUCGCCGGGUACGUGGGGCACGUGGCGGAUGUCGUGUCCGGGUCGACGGCGUGGAUCGGGAGGGGAUUCUCCUGCGUCUGCGUGCAGAGGAGGGACAGCGACACGCGCAUUUCCUUCGAUCUGACCCCCAUUCAGGUGAACGGUGCUCGGUAUUUGUUGAGGAAGAGUGCCUACAAAGAUUACAGAACCGGAUUGAGGUGCCUUAUGAUAGUCAAAAUAGAGAACAUCAGGAAGCACUCAAAGCCCUUUGGCAUGCUUCUUUUCCUGGGACUGAACUUCUAGGACUAGUAUCAGAUCAAUGGAAGGAGAUGGGAUGGCAAGGGAAAGAUCCAUCCACAGAUUUCAGGGGUGGUGGCUUUAUCUCUUUGGAGAAUUUACUUUACUUCGCUAAGAACUAUCCAAAAUCCUUCGAGGAGCUCCUUUGUAAGCAAAAUGGUGACAGAGCAUUAUGGGAAUAUCCAUUUGCUGUAGCUGGAGUAAAUAUUACAUUUAUGCUCAUUCAGAUGCUUGAUCUUCAAGCAGCUAAGCCAAGGUCUUUGAUUGGAGCAGUGUUCCUAAAUCUACUUAUAGAAAACGAUCGGGCUUUUGAUAUUCUUUACUGCAUAACUUUUAAGCUGAUGGAUCGGAAAUGGCUUGAAAUGCACGCCACAUAUAUGGAUUUCAAUACUGUUAUUAAAUCCACACGACGCCAGCUUGAGAGAGAGCUAUUACUUGAAGAUAUUCAGCAAAUUGAGGACAUGCCGUCAUACAAUUUUCUCGCCCGUUAGCAACUGGAGUCUUGCCUAACAUCGCCACGUGUAGUAAAGUUCUUGAUACAUGCUUCUAAUGAGUGGAAUGUAGGAAUCAGGGACUCGUGCUUGUGUGGUUUUUGCUAUCGUGCUUAGGUACUCUGAUAUCCUGAGCGCAUGUUUGGGUCUUCUUGGAUCUGACCUCUAGAGUAACUGGCUACCUGAACAGCAGUUGGGCCAUGCUAGUGCCUGUAGGAUGUACUUUCGGAAACAAUUUGUCCUGGCGCGGAGUCUUCGUGCUAGGAAAUACUACGUAGUAAGUUCUGAAACUCCUCAGUACUCAAGACAGCUUUGUAGCCAAGUGCAUAAAUGAUAUUGGUGCACUCUCGUUUUGCACUAAACACACGUUUUGUGUGAUUUAUCCAUGGAUUGUAUUGA